AUGGGAGACGUGACACGGAGUAGUUCAAGUGCCGAGUCUGCUCAUGACCAGUACGAAUUGAACGGGGAACAAGGAAACCCUGCACAAAUGGGCUCUCAUCAGCGGACCCUAGCUACCGUCAGUAGCUCUGAGUCAUCACUGAUGCUUCAGUUUCGAGCGAAAAAAGACAACAAUUGUUGUAAGAAUACGGGCGGCGCAGAACGGAGCGGCGCUGAAACUUUCGUCUGGGAGAAUGGGCAAUUUUGCGAGUUUUUGUCCCACGGGGGCGGCCAUAUUCCUUGUCUUGUCUUCACUCAGGUGCGCAGGACGGAGCCAGGAGUUCUGGAAAUCUUUCUUUGUUUUGUGUGGCCCCUGGUCUGUGUCUGGAUCAGGAUGAGAGCGCGUGUUGACGUCGGUGCAGACGUUGAAUCUGGAGAACUGGGUCCCAAUGGGGUUCAUGACAACAAAGGAUCGGUACAGGAUGACGGCGCUAGUGCAUCGAGCUUCAAGACUGCUAGGGAGUGA